GGUGUACCUGUCUAAUUGUUUAAUUGUUUCCUGAAAAAGAAUGGAUUUGGAUUCAGAAAGUACAGCAACAUCUAUAGAUGAAAAUACGGAAAAUUUUUGCGAAAAUCCGACCAGGGACACUUUGGCUGAAGGUUUAAUGGGCUUAAUAAAGCCAACGGUGGACCAACUAGAUGAGCGAGUACGUGCCACAAGAAUAUCUCAACUGGAGCUGAAACAGUGCAUCGAGAGUCUAAGUGAAGAACUGAAAAAAAUAUCAGAGUCUCAACAGACUACCAUUGAUUUGGAUGUUUACGUGAAAAAGCUUAUUAAUGCAAAACAACGGGUAACGGUCCUCUCGAACAUAUUGCAAAAUGCUCAGGAGAGAUUGAAUAAAGUUCACAUGUCUAUCGAUAAAGAAGUGGUUAAGAGGAAAGUAAUUUUAAACGACAUAAUUGCAGAACCAACUUCAAGUACAUCAAGUUAGAAAUGACGUUAGACA